UUCGAGGAAAGCAUCCGCCUGAAAACCUACUGGGAGACAAUGCAUUUCUCCAUAGGCCGGUUUCGAGGAGUACCAAAGGCACCCAGGCUCAGAAACCUCAAUAUAUAUCUAUGGCUGUGUUUCAUUGGUUUUCUAUAUGCGAGCGUACAGAUUUUUACGAUUCCUCAAAGCCUUGAGCAAGGACUUCAGAGGUUGUUUUCAAAUUAUUCUUCGUCAUCGAUGGAUGGAUUUCAGAGGUUUUCAAAUUAUUCUUCACCGUCGAUGGAUGAAUUUCUAUACAGUCUUCUAAAAAUCGACCCCUCUGUCUUUAAGCCUGCCAAGCUCUCGUCAGAUGAAAUGGCUGCUCAGGUCGAGAAGAAAACGCCCAACCUUCCCUUCAGAUUCUGGCUGGAAGUCAAAGGUCAGGAUAAAUCGAAGAACGCUUCCUGUGCAAAGUUCCCUUCUCUCUAUGAUCUGAAAUAUGUCAACAUACACUGGCAAGAAGUUCAGACUGUUGACGGACCCUACUAUCUGUUUGGUGCAUACUUUGAUAACAGGACUCUGGCGAAAGAUGCACCUACAGUGCGUCUUGUAGGUCUGAUUGCUAAGAUGAACAGAAAGGCAACUCUGUUCUGUCAGCUUUGGUUCAGAGAGCACAAGGAACCAGCGUUUGCGCCUGUUUCUGACCACACACAUUUAUCAAUAUCUGGAGGGGGUGUGUACAAGGAUGGGAUUAUCCAGCCAUACAUGUUUUCCUGCCCAGUGCCUGAUGAAUACAAACAUACUGUACCACAGGCCGUUUCUGUCGUCGAGAAUCCUUGCGAUAUGGCCACGACAAACCUGAAGGUGAAUUACAUUCUUCCUCCGUCUGGUCAGAAAGAAGGUUUUGCUGUGUGCGUCAAGGGAGUCAGUUUACCGUUCAAUGAUUACAGUGUCCGAUUGAUUGAGUGGCUUGAACUUCUUUUCAUUUUAGGCGUGGAUAAAGUCUUCCUUUACAAUUUUGAUAUGCAUCCGAAUGUCACUAAGGUCCUCAGUUAUUACGAGGGCCAAGGUCGUGUUGAAAUAACGAACUUACCAUUGCCUGGAAGGCAGCCCAGUGCGUUUGGUCUUAUGAACAUGUUUUUGAAGUUCAUAGGCGUUAUCAAGGAGCAUCAGGAAACGAUUCCUUACAACGAUUGCUACCUGAAGAACAUCUACAGAUAUAAGUAUAUCAGCGCCCUUGACAUUGACGAGAUCAUAAUACCAAAAGUCACGUCAUCAUGGGGUACUCUGAUGGAAAGCAUAGUCACAGAGGCUCUGCGUGACUCACAGCUACCCCCUUCCAAUUACGUAUUUCGUAAUGUCUAUUUCUUAGACGACAUGGGACAUUCAAAUGAAACCGUACCAAACAUUCCUCGCUACAUGCACAUGCUACAGCAUCUGUACCGGUCACCCAUUUACACUAAACCAGGACAUUACAUUAAAUCUCUCUUCGACACGGAGAGGGUCCUCACAAUCCACAACCACUAUCCCUUUACCUGUAUCGGCGGGAAUUGCUGGUCGUAUAAUGUGAAUACAUCAGCUGCUCAUUUACAGCAUUAUCGCCAUUACUGCGUUCCAGAGUUGGCAAGUGUUUGCGAGAAGGAGUACAAGAACAAUAGUGUGCUUGAUGAAAGCAUUCUGAAAUUCAAGGAGCCGUUGAUAUUAGGUGUUGCGAAAACAAUGAUGAAGCUAGGUUUCAUAAACAGUUCGUCUUACAUGCUUAAGUAACUAAUGUAAUGAGAGAAUUGAAUCUUUAGAAUAUUAAGUCUGUGAUUAAUACUUUUACAAGUGUACAGUGUAAUAUUAUGUUUAUGAUUUUAAUGUGACAGUUUAAUAAAUGGCAG